AGGGACGCAGGAGCAUGCGCAGGACUGCUCCCGGCCGCGAUCGCUAUGGUAGCGGCGUCUUCUUGGGCCCGGCCACCGCGCUCCUGCCCAGGCGCAGCUGCCUCAAUAGCUGCCCCUCCUGCCGCCUCUCGGGCAUGAACCGCGCCUUCUGCUGCCUCCCGCUGCCAUACCCGCCGUUGCCCCUGCAUCCCGACUCUGGGUCCCCGCUGGGAACAUGCCUCUGGCUUCCUACUGCUACCUGCGGGUCGUGGGCAAGGGAAGCUACGGAGAGGUGACACUUGUGAAGCACCGGCGGGACGGCAAGCAGUAUGUCAUCAAAAAACUGAACCUCAGAAAUGCCUCUAGCCGAGAGCGGCAAGCUGCUGAACAGGAAGCCCAGCUCUUGUCUCAGCUGAAGCAUCCCAACAUUGUCACCUACAAGGAGUCAUGGGAGGGAGGAGACGGUCUACUCUACAUUGUCAUGGGCUUCUGUGAAGGAGGUGAUCUGUACCGAAAGCUCAGGGAACAGAAAGGGCAGCUUCUGCCUGAGAAUCAGGUGGUAGAGUGGUUUGUACAGAUCGCCAUGGCUUUACAGUAUUUACAUGAAAAACACAUCCUUCAUCGAGAUCUGAAAACUCAAAAUGUCUUCCUAACAAGAACAAACAUCAUCAAAGUGGGGGACCUAGGAAUUGCCAGAGUGUUAGAGAACCACUGUGACAUGGCUAGCACCCUCAUUGGCACACCCUACUACAUGAGCCCUGAAUUGUUCUCAAACAAACCCUACAACUAUAAGUCUGAUGUUUGGGCUCUAGGAUGCUGUGUCUAUGAAAUGGCUACCCUGAAGCAUGCUUUCAAUGCAAAAGAUAUGAAUUCUUUAGUUUAUCGGAUUAUUGAAGGAAAGCUGCCACCAAUGCCAAGAGAUUAUAGCCCAGAGCUGGCAGAACUGAUAAGAACAAUGCUGAGCAAAAGGCCUGAAGAAAGGCCGUCUGUGAGGAGCAUCCUGAGGCAACCUUAUAUCAAGCGCCAAAUCUCCUCCUUUUUGGAGGCCACAAAGAUAAAAACCUCCAAAAAUAACAUUAAAAAUGGUGACUCUAAAUCCAAGCCUGUUGCUACAGUGGUUUCCAGAAAGGCAGAAUCAGAUCAUGAAGUAAUCCACCCCCAACCACAGUCUUCUGAGGGUUCCCAGACAUGUAUAAUGGUUGAAGGCAAAUGUUUGUCCGAGGAGAAACCCAGGGUCUCUGAUCCCUUGAAGUCACCUGCCAGCCUGAAAGCUCAUACCUGCAAACAGGACUUAAGCAAUACCACAGAACUAGCCACAAUCAGUAGGGUAAAUAUUGACAUCUUACCUGCAAAAGGGAGGGACUCAGUGAGCGACGGCUUUGUUCAGGAGAAUCAGCCAGCACACUUGGAUGCCUCUACUGAGUUAGGAGGUAAAUGCAGUAUUUCUCAAGUGGAAGAGGAGAUGCCGCGGGACAACACUAAAUCCAGUGCUCAGCCUGAAAACCUGAUUCCCAUGUGGUCCUCUGACUUCACUGGGGAAAAGAAUGAACUAUUGAAGCCUCUGCAGCCCCUAAUCAAAGAACAAAAGCCAAAGGACCAGGAUCAAGUUGCUGGUGAAUGUAUUAUAGAAAAACAGGGCAGAAUCCACCCAGAUUUACAGCCACACAACUCUGGAUCUGAACCUUCCCUGUCUCGACAGUGGCGGCAGAGGAAGAGAGAACAGACUGAGCACAGAGGGGAAAAGAGACAGUUCCAAGAGUCGCCUCCUCAAAUUUUGCCCUCUCAUCCCAUUGUUGGAAAAGUGAAUAUCACAUCAACACAAAAAGAUGCUACAAACCAAUGUAGAGUGGUCACUGGGCCUGCGAGCAGUUCAAGGAGCAGUGAGAUGUUAUCAUCAAAGGAUCGACCAUUAUCAGCCAGAGAGAGGAGGCGACUAAAGCAGUCACAGGAAGAAAUGUUCCCUUCAGGCCCUUCAUUGAGGAAAGCUUCUCCAAGUAUAGCAGGGCCAGGGAAUCCCCAGGAGGAAGACCAGCCCAUGCCUGCCCAACGGCUCUCUUCUGACUGCAGCGUCACUCAGGUGCAUUACGUACUCCCAGAAGAGAAGGAAAGGAAACUGAUUCAUUGUCUCUCUGAAGAUGAGUUAAGUUCUUCUACAAGUUCAACUGAUAAGUCAGAUGGGGAUUCUAAGGAAGGGAAAGAUCAGACAAAUGAAAUUAAUGCCUUGGUACAAUUGAUGACUCAGACCCUGAAACUGGAUUCUAAAGAGAGCUGUGAAGAUCUCCUAGUAGCUAAUCCAGUGUCAGAAUUCAGACUUCAUCGGAAAUUUCGGGACACACUGAUGCUUCAUGGGAAAGUUGCAGAAGAGGCAGAGGAACUCCAUUUUAAAGAGCUACCUUCAGCUAUCAUGCCAGGUUCUGAAAAGAUCAGGAGACUAGUUGAAGUCUUGAGAGCUGAUGUAAUUCGGGGCCUGGGAGUUCAGCUUUUAGAGCAGGUGUAUGAUCUUUUGGAAGAGGAGGAUGAAUUUGAGAGAGAGGUACGUUUGCAGCAGCACAUGGGUGAAAAGUAUACAACUUACAGUGUGAAAGCUCGCCAGUUGAAAUUUUUUGAAGAAAACAUGAAUUUUUGAGCAUUUGUCCUAAUCUGCUGCCAGAAUUAAAGACCUAUUUCAGAGGUUUUUGACUUAAAAAACAAGGGCAAACUUAUUUGGAGGCCAUUCACCACUGUUUUAUAUCUCUUUGGGGUUUUCUUACAGAAAAGAAAUUGGACAGAACAGAGUACUAUGAAGCAGGAUCACAAAAGAAAAAACACCUUUGGCUUUCAUAUUCUAUUUAUGAGGAUGCAUCUAUUGUUUGUUUGAUUACUGUUUACUGAGCCUUAAACCACCAAGUUUAUAGCUAGAAUUUUAUUUUUCUAAGGUACUAAUUAGCUUAAAUGCAGGGCUAUAAAGUACUAGAUUGAAAAUUUUAUAUUGUAAUAUAGAGAUAAAAGCGAUAGGAGAAACAAAUUACUUAUGUCAUUAUACCUGCUAUUGUCAAUAACCUUAGUGAGUAGUUGAUAAAUUAUAAAAUUUUUAAAAGUCAAAUCACGGUUCUGGAAAUAGAUUUAAAGAAUAUGAAGUUCUAACUAGUACCUGGGCAACUGAAUUUCUUUUCUACACAUUGAUGGACUUUGAAUAUUUUAUUUUCAUUCAGUGUAAACCUCAUUUAGAGUAUAUACAAAUUAAAACUGAGACAAAUGGCUUUGUAAAUCAGUAUGUUUUUACAUAAUGGUUUUGUUAGAUUUAUUUUUCCAUCAGUGAAAAAACAUUUCUUAAAUACAAAUUUCAUUUACAUUUAAGCAAUUUGUAAGCAAAGUCCAGGUCCACUUAGUUUUUGGAUAUAUUUAAUGCUUGUCUCUGAAGUUUGUCUUCGUCUUCUUUAAGAUAAUGUCUUUCCAUGUUUUAAAUGUAUGAUUAUAUAUCACAUAUUCGUUGUUUAAUAAGAGGUAAUACCCAUCUAGGAAAGGAAUUUUAUAAAGUUAAAUACAAGUCUUGAAUAGUACAUUCAAGGGAUACUAAAAAUAAAUAUUGUCCUUGGUGUGAGUCCGUCUUGAGCGGCUGUUCUUUUGAGCAAUGGUCGUUUAUCUCCGUCCGCCUUCUCUUCCACCUAAGUGCGUGUCGCCACCCAAUGGAAGAUUCGAUGGACAUGGACAUGAGCCCCCUGAGGCCCCAGAACUAUCUUUUUCGUUGUAAACUAAAGGCUGACAAAGAUUAUCACUUUAAGGUGGAUAAUGAUGAAAAUGAGCAUCAGUUAUCUUUAAGAACGGUCAGUUUAGGAGCUGAUGCAAAGGAUGAGUUGCACAUUGUUGAAGCAGAGGCAAGGAAUUACAAAGGCAGUCCAAUUAAAGUAACACUGGCAACUUUGAAAAUGUGUGUACGGCCAACGGUUUCCCUUGGGGGCUUUGAAAUAGCACCACCAGUGGUUUUAACGAUUGAAGUGUGGUUCAGGGCCAGUGCAUAUCAGUGGAUAGCACUUAGUAGCUGUGGAGGAAGAUGCAGAGUCAGCAGAUGAGGAGGAGGAGGACAUGAAACUCUUAAGUAUGUCUGGAAAGCGGUCUGCCCCGGAGGUGGUAGCAAGGUUCCACAGAAAAAAGUAAAACUUGCUGCUGCUGCUGAUGAAGAUGAUGAUGAUGAUGAUUUCGAUGAUGAGGAAACUGAAAAGUGCCAGUGAAAAAAUCUAUAUGCGAUACUCCAGCCAAAAUUCGCAAAAGUCAAAUCAGAAUGGUAAAGACUCAAAACCAUCAAUACCAAGAUCAAAAGGACAAGAAUCCUUCAAAAAACAGGAAAAAACUCCUAAAACACCAAAAGGACCUAGUUCUGUAGAAGACAUUAAAGCAAAAAUGCAAGCAAGUAUAGAAAAAGGUGGUUCUCUUCCCAGAGUGGAAGCCAAGUUCAUCAAUUAUGUGAAGAAUUGCUUCCGGAUGGCUGACCAGGAGGCUGUUCAAGAUCUCUGGCAGUGGAGAAAGUCUCUUUAAGAAAACAGUUUAAACAAUUUAUUAAAAAUUUUCCAUCUUAUUUCAUUUCUAUAACAGUUGAUAUCUGGCUGUCCUUUUUAUAAUGCAGAGUGAGAAUUUUCCCUACCGUGUUUGAUAAAUGUUGUCCAGAUUCCAUUGCCAAGAAUGUGUUGUCCAAAAUGCCUGUAGUUUUUAAAGAUGGAACUCCACCCUUUGCUUGGUUUUAAGUAUGUAUGGAAUGUUAUGAUAGGACAUAGUAGUAGUGGUGGUCAGACAUGGAAAUGGUGGGGAGACAAAAAUAUACAUGUGAAAUAAAACUCAGUAUUUUAAUAAAGUAAAAAAUAAAUAAAUAUUGCUCCAGAAA